CUCUGACCUGUUGCCAUGGCAACUGUAAAGCGUGUGAUUACAAAAACAAGUGCUUGACCCAUCGUCAGCGAGAAGCGGAGGUUCUUCAUUCGACAUCUACGGCGCCAUCUUAUUGCUUUGAGCGAGGUAGACCGAGACAAAUAGACAAGGUUGUCAUCAUCACUGGUAAUUAUGAGCGGAGCUAAAGCUCGCAUCGACCCGCCUGUUGCUGCUGAGAAUGUCUCGAUCACCGGGCACAGUUCCGCGGCUGCUGCGCGGGAGCGCAAGCCAGGUGGAGGGGUUCUGAAGAGACUCAAGUCUCGGCAAAGCCAGGUGGAUAGUAGGCCCGUCACAGAAGAUGAUCUUCGAACACAAGUUGGCCACAUCACUCCUGAAGAGGUCCUACGAUUGCCGGUUGCUACUCGGGGGUACCUGUGUAAACCAGAGGACAACAUCUUCGACAUAGAUUUUAUCCGCUUUAAAAUCAGAGACUUGGAGACAGGGACUGUGUUGUUUGAAAUUGCCAAACCACCUCAUACGGAGGAAGAUGAGGAGAAUGGAGAGGGAGACAUGAGUGCCGGGCGUUUUGUAUGCUACCAGUUCACCACUGCAUUCCUACGACUGAGGACUGUGGGAGCCACAGUGGAGUUUACGGUUGGUGACCGCCCUCUGAACAGCUUCAGGAUGAUUGAAAGGCACUACUUCAGGGAUCACCUCCUGAAGAGCUUUGACUUUGACUUCGGCUUCUGUAUCCCCAACAGCCGCAACACCUGCGAACACAUCUACGAGUUCCCUCAGCUGUCUGAGAGCUUGGUUCAUCAGAUGGUGGAGCAUCCCUACGAGACGAAGUCGGACAGCUUCUACUUCGUAGACAACAGACUGGUCAUGCACAACAAGGCAGACUACUCUUAUAACGGGGGCAGGCGUUGAGUGUCUUAUGUGCCUGUGUGUGUGCGUGUGUGUAUGUUUGUGUGUGUGCUGUGCCAAAGCGUUUACAUUUACAUUUAAGUCAUUUAGCAGACGCUCUUAUCCAGAGCGACUUACAAAUUGGUGCAUUCACCUUAUGACAUCCAGUGGAACAGCCACUUUACAAUAGUGCAUCUAAAUCUUU